GCCAGAUGUCAAGUGAUAUUGAAUGUCCAAAUGUGUUUAAUAUUUAUUAGUGAUAAGGACUAAGUUAUAAAUAAGUAUCGUAAUUCGUUAGUAUUAAAUAUUUGACGACUAAUAAAAAAUACCGUUUUAAAAACAUCUUCCAUCCUUUUGAACUGUGUACGCAGCAUUUGUAACAUUCCUGCAAAAGUUGAUGAUAACUGGAGUAAACUAUUGAAAUGAACAUACAACGAAUUGUUCCCAAAAUUCAUGGUUUCAUUUCAAAUUUAAAUACAUUUGCACCAUUGUGUAAUACGAUACGGUUUCAACAUGAUAAAAGUAAUAUCAAUGAACACAGAGCCAAAAUUAUGGCCAGAGGCUUACCAGAGAAGAAACCAUUACCUGGAGUAAAGAGCAUUAUUUUGGUAGCUUCUGGAAAAGGAGGUGUAGGAAAAACUACUACAGCUGUGAAUCUCGCAUGUGCAAUGAAAGUAAUAGAACCAGAUAAAGAGAUAGGGCUGCUGGAUGCGGAUGUGUUUGGUCCUUCCGUGCCUCUCAUGAUGAAUAUCAGCGGAGAGCCAAUGCUCAAUGAUGACAAUCUGAUUGAGCCUUUACUCAAUUAUGGUAUUAAAUGCAUGUCAAUGGGUUUGCUGGUAUCUGGAGAGAAUGCGGUGGUGUGGCGAGGUCUAAUGGUGAUGCAGGCGCUGGAGAGGCUGACGAGGAACGUCGCGUGGGGACCCUUGGACUGUCUGGUGGUGGACACGCCCCCAGGGACUGGGGACACGCAUCUAUCACUCGCACAAAACUUGCCUAUUGAUGGAGCCAUCGUGGUAACGACGCCCCAAUCAGCAGCGCUUCAAGUAGCGAAACGCGGUUUGAAUAUGUUCGAAAAACUCAAAGUUCCUGUCAUCGGUCUAGUCGAAAACAUGUCUCACGCGAUAUGCCCCAACUGCGGCACCAGAAAUUUCGUGUUUGGCAACGAGACCAAACAGACUGCGAAAGAAAUGGGCCUGGAGAUCAUAGAGAGCUUCGAGAUCGACCCAAACAUGUCUGAAUGCAUAAACAGCGGGAAACCAGCCAUCUACGCGCUGCCCGACAGCGUUCACGCCGAGAAAUAUAGACACCUCGCCAAUAGAGUUUUUAAAUAUAUAUCGGAUAAGGACAAAGCAGAAGCGACGGCCGCUAAGUAGUGAAUGAAAAAUGUGUAGUUGUUGAAAUUGUGUUUAUUAUAUAUUUUACAAAUAAAUCUGUUAUAUAAAAGAUGUUGUCUGACUUAUACGUUAAACACUAUGGCAUUCAGCUAUCCCUGUUAAAUGCGUCAAUGAAAGGGAGUCCUAUGGACGUAACGGAAAAUAACAAAA